UGAUAAACACCCCCUCCCCUCCCCCUUCAAUUCAUCAUGGCAUCGUUGACGGUAAUCUAUGAUCUGUUCACUGCCGUCUUUAGUAUGAUUCUCGACGUCGCGCAAUUUUGGAAACAGAGAUUAUGGUCCUGGUGGAAUACACAGUCCCCCCUGGACCGACUGCGAUAUGCCCUCGAAAACGCAACCACCUACGAGGAAUGGGAAGAAGCCGCCUUCGACCUUGAUGAGCUCCUUAGCAAGGACCUAUGGCGCCAGAACCCCACCAGCCGUCACUACGAUUACCGCCUGAUACUGGGGAGAUUGGAAGCUCUCAUGCGUGCCCGCGAAGAGGAGGAUAUCCUGACAUUAGUUAAUCUACUCCGAUCCGGACUGCUUCGGAAUCUGGGCAACAUUACGUCGCCAAAGCUGUUCACACAAGCUUACGCGGGGACCAAGCUCCUGAUCGACGACUACAUCACCCAGGUGGCGCUCUCCAUCCAACAGGUGACGGCGCUGCCCACGGCACCGGUCCACAUCAGCGGGUUUGGGUCGCAGGCGAAGCUCGAGCUGCUCCACGACACCCGGCAGGCCUUUGGACGGACGACUCUUCUGCUGCAGGGCGGGUCGAUCUUCGGGCUCUGUCACCUCGGGGUCGUCAAAGCUCUGCAUCUGAGAGGCCUUCUGCCCCGAAUCAUCAUCGGCACCGCGACGGGCGCGCUGAUUGCUGCGCUGGUCGGUGUUCAUACGGAGGACGAGCUGUUGACGUUCUUGGACAGCGACGGCAUUGAUCUGAGCGCCUUUGAUCGGCGUCGGAAGCCCACGGACUCUGGAGAGGGGAGUCCAUGGCUGCCCUUCGACAUUGGCGAUAACUGGGCGGGGACCUUGUUACGGCGCAUCAAGCGAUACAUUCAAAAGGGCUACUUCCUCGAUGCGGAGGUCCUAGAGGAGUGCGUGCGGGCCAAUCUGGGGGAUUUGACGUUCGAAGAAGCAUAUGCUCGAUCGAAACGCAUCCUCAACAUCACCGUCGCGACCUCCAACACCAAUGCCACGCCAAACCUGCUGAACUAUCUGACUGCACCCAACGUGCUCAUCUGGUCCGCCGCCGUCGCCUCCAACGCCUCCAACACUUCGCUCUACCGCCCCGUAACCAUCUACUGCAAAGACGAGACCGGCUCAAUCGUCCCGUGGCCGCACUCACAGGACGCAACCUUCGCCUCCUGGCGCCACGUGCAAUACAGCGAGGGCGAGUCCCCACUCUCGCGCGUCGCCGAGCUCUUCAACGUCAACCACUUCAUCGUCUCGCAGGCGCGGCCCUACCUCAUCCCCUUCCUCCGCUCCGACGGCGGCGGCAGCGGCGGUAGCAGUAGCAGCAUCAACAACAACAAUAACAUCCUCAUCCGCCGCCCUGCGAGCAGCCAACCCAACCCGGCCGUCCGCUAUUUCACGCGCCUCGUCAUGGGCGAGAUCCGCCACCGCUUCCGCCAGCUCGACUACCUGGGCCUCCUGCCCACCGCCCUGGCCCGCAUCGUGCUCGAAGAGUCCAUCCCGGGCCCCAGCAUCACCCUCGUCCCCGACCUCACCCUCCGGGAUUUCACCAAGAUCUUCGAGAACCCCAGCAAGGAGAGCCUCGCGCAUUGGUCGCGCAAGGGCGAGCGCGGCGUCUGGCCCGCGGUUAGUGCGCUGAAGGUGCGGUGCGUGAUUGAGAUUGAGCUGGAUAAAGGGUACCAGGUUGUCAGGCGGCGACGGCCGGCAGACAUGCUGGGCGGAAGUGGGAGCUUAGUAUAUAGUGGGGGCGGAGUCGCGGGCAGUAACGGAGGUUCGGUCGGUUCGGUAUUCGGGGGUGGUGGUGGUGGUGGUGUUAGCGGGACUGGCGGUGGGAAUAACAAUAUCAACCCGCGUAGGGCGGUGGUUCCGAAUGAAGGGCUGCCCCGACGACGACGCAGCGGUAACAGCAAUAAUAGUGUUGAUCCCGGGCAUGAGAACUCGUUGACGACGAGUCUGAUGGCGGGGGAGUUGGAUUGUCAGGAGGAUUCGACCUAUUAGAUGGAGUGAUGCCCGCUUGCUCUCGUUCAAUUAGUUCAAUUCAUGUCCUUUUUUUUUCUUUUCAUACAGUGUGGCAGGUAUCUUCUUUGGUGACUGAAUGCGAGAGACGGUU